GCGCGGAGACGCCCCAUCCUGGGGCUCGUCUGAUGGAAGCGCAGGGUGUCCUGGACGGGCUCCGGUCCCGCGUGUUGUUGCCUCGCCGCGUGGGGCGGGCUCCGCGCAUCUUCGGCUGGGCUUUGCCCACGGCGGUGCUGUGCGGCUACGGCUUCUUCGCCAACCUACGGCCGUCGGAGCCUUUCCUCACGCCUUACCUGUUGGGGCCGGACAAGAACCUCACCGAGACUCAGGUCUUCAAUGAAAUUUAUCCAGUAUGGACUUACUCCUAUUUGGUGCUGCUCUUUCCUGUCUUCCUGGCAACAGACUAUCUCCGCUACAAGCCUGUCAUCCUUCUACAAGGACUAAGCCUUAUAGUGACAUGGUUUAUGCUGCUUUAUGCAGAAGGACUGCUGGCUAUUCAGUUCCUAGAGUUCUUCUAUGGACUGGUGACUGCCACGGAAAUUGCCUAUUAUUCCUACAUCUAUAGCGUUGUGGACCUAACGUUGUAUCAGAAAGUCACAAGCUACUGUCGGAGUGCUGCGCUUGUGGGUUUUACAGUGGGCUCUGUUUCUGGACAAAUCCUGGUGUCUGUAUUUGACUGGCCUCUGUUCAAUUUGAAUGUGAUCUCUCUCACUGCUGUGUCCGUUGCCUUCGCCAUGGCCUGGUUUCUGCCCAUGCCACAGAAAAGCCUUUUCUUUCACCAUCGCCAAUCAAGCACCCAGGUCAGUAAGGAAACGAAGGUUGUAGAUCCUGCCUUAAAGAGGGUUCCUGGGUGGGAAGAUGCUGAAUCGGAGAUCCCUUUAAAUAGAGAUGAGCAUCCAGCAGUGCAACAGGAGCAGAAAGUGGACAUUGUGAAAGUAAUCAAAGAGCUCUGGCAGGACUUCCUUCGGUGCUACUCAUCCCGGCCUCUGCUGUGUUGGUCUGUUUGGUGGGCACUCUCAACAUGUGGUUACUUCCAAGUCAUAAACUAUGCUCAAGGUCUAUGGGAAAAAGUGCUGCCUUCUCAGACCUCUCAGAUCUAUAACGGUGGUGUGGAGGCUGUUUCCACACUGUUGGGAGCUGUGGCUGUGGUUGUUGCGGGCCACAUAAAAACAUCUUGGGCUACCUGGGGUGAGAUAGCCUUAGCCAUGUUUUCCCUCUGCAUUGCUGCUGCCGUGUAUAUCAUGGACAGUGUUCAUAACAUCUGGGUCUGUUAUGCUUCGUACAUAGUAUUCCGAAUUGUUUAUAUGCUGCUCAUCACAAUUGCAACUUUCCAGAUUGCAACAAAUCUAAGUGUAGAGCGCUAUGCUCUUGUUUUUGGCGUCAAUACAUUCAUUGCCCUGGCAUUGCAGACUCUGCUCACAUUGAUUGUUGUUGAUGCAAAAGGGCUUGGCCUGGACAUAUUCACACAGUUCAUGAUCUAUGCUGGCUACUUUGCUGCCAUAGCAGUAGUGUUCUUGAUCAGUGGGACAUGCAGUAUUAUCAAGAAAUCCUGGAUGAAGGAGAGGAGAAAUGAAGCAACAACAGAUGGUGCUUAAAAUGAAGAAUAUGGACUUGUUAAGCCCCUGUGUUAGGAAAGGGGGAUCUAUUUAAAUAUGCUGGUUUGUAUUUAUUAAUGUAUCCAAAUGCUGUUCAUUCAAGACUGUUACCUAAAUUGUCCUUGAUACAUGUUUGUACUAUAUUAGUAGCAUAAAUUAGGAACAGAUUUAUUUACUUAUAUCUUACGUAAGUAAGAAUUUUAUAUGCAACACAUUGGUCUUGGAUAAUGCCUUUUAGGUCAUAACUGCAUAACUAGAGAUGGUCAGAAGCAUCCUUGAGAUUUACUGAUUGCUUCCUGAAACCGGCAAGCCCAUAAAUUAGCCAUUGAAGUGAAGGUGUUGUUGAAACUAGCCCAAUUCGUGCUGUUGCAGGGGUCUUGGUAGGCUGGGUUUUGCAGGUUAAGGCAGUGAGGUAUACCAAAAGUAGUCUCAAGUCAAGUUGGACAUAGCAGAAGAAGAACUCUCCCAAGGCUGGUAGAUGCAAACUCAUGAAUAUUGAAUAGACUUAUCAUAUACAUGUG